CUGGUGUUAUGGCUGCCGCAGCUGGACGGCGGUGCGCCCGGCUUGCCGUCGCCGCUGCAGCUGCCGCUGGCGUCCGCCUGGCGCGGCCUCGCCCGGCGUGUCACCGCCAGGAUGACGGCCACGGCGACGAGCAGCACGAGGCCUAUGGCCAGAGCCGAGACUGGCAGUAUGGUGAAGAGCGGAUUCGCCCGACCGCCGCCGCUGGCAUGGUCCCCGCGCGGCGCCGGCCACGGGGAGAACGACGUCGUCCACGGCGCGAGCCGCGCGUCCGCGAGGUCGUCCGCGGCGAUAGGGGAUGGGGAUGGUGCCGGUGCCGGUGGCGGCGAAGGCGGGGAGAACGCGUCCGCCAUUCCGGCCGGCCGCCUUGGAGAGGAUGGCCGGGUCUGUGGUACGUAGCCAGGACAGGGCAGUGGCCGGAGACGAGACGACACAGCGC